AUGUCGGUUGUCGCAGCAGGUGGACCGCGCCGUUUGCGAGGCGGUGGUGUAGCAGAUGUAGUGGCAGCGGAAGGGGUUGAAGUGUUUCGAGUGGAUCUGCGAGGGCGUGGUUGUGGUACAGAAUUUUCCGAAACCGGGUUGUUUUGUGGCGGUUUUGUGGGAGGUCGUUUUGUGGCGAAGGUUUUGAAUCGACGUUUGGUGGAAGCGGGUGGUUUUGGCGGAGAUGGUGGGGGUGUCGGUUGUGGAGGCGGUGGAGGAGGACUGGGUUGUGGUGGAGGAGACGGCGGGGCGAAAGGACGAGGUGGAGAGGACGGUGGGGUUGGUGUCGGAGAGGGAGUGAGGGGGUCGACGGUUUUCGUGAGAAAUCGCCGGCGAGCCACUGUUUUUCUUCCCAUUGUUAAGGGUUGA